GCUCAAAUUAACAGAAGGACUAACGGAGUGCAUUUCGUAUAGUUGAAGAAUCAAAAAAGUGUAGAAAAUUGUUGAAGGAUUAAUAAUGUGCAUUUCAUAAAGUUGAGGGACCAAAUUAAGAAUUUAACCUUUUUUUUUCUAAAUAUUUACUAGUCAAAAUGUACAAGGAUUUAUAACUUCAUCUAUACAAUCAUGACUAUAUCUAAGGGAGUUCUAUACACAAAAUCUCUAAGUCAAGCAUGGGUGACUAGUGACCUAACUACAAAAACCUAAGUCCAAAAUAAUGCCUAGCCAUCUACCUCGUCACUCCUCAGGGCUCCCUAUGCGUCGGGUCUCACUACCUGAAAUGGUGGACAAGGAAAAACUAUAAGAUACAAUAUCUCAGUAAGUAAAAAUAUGGGUAGCCAAUAAGUAAAAAUUUAAGCAUACUUGAUAAACAGUUUAAUAUAACAAAACAUUCAUUGAUAAAUCGUUAAUGCAGAAGAAAAUUCAGUAGUAGUCUCAUCUAUAAGUCAUGGCCAGCGUUUAUAAACCUCCCACUGGUGAGCACAGUAGUUACCAAUGUUUUAUCCCAUCAGCAAGAUUACAAAAUAGACUAGUCCUAUCAGUAAACAUGUCGACAUGUGCUAGCGUUUAUAAACCUCCCACUAACGGGCACAGUAAUUAGUAAUCAUGACUAUAUCCGAGACAAAACCAUGCGGGAUUUAUUGAAAAAAUCCGUAAUUCACAAUCAAUCUCAAAUCAUCAGGGAAAUUCAGUAAAUUUCAAGUGGGCAUGCUCUACUCAAUAAAAAUGAAAUUAAUUCCAUUUCACAUCAAUCAUGCUAUGUGCUGAUAAAAUCAAUUUAAAAUCAAUUU